GUCCAGACUAGAGAUUUGGUGCAGGCGUGGACCGAACGAAGGUGAAAAUUCUUGAACACUCUCACGAGAAAAUAUGAGAUUUUAGUGAUUAUUGUUUACAUUGCAAAAACAUGAGAACCGAACCGAAUCGAUCCGGACAACACUGACACAGUCUGGGCCAGCACAACUUCCGAAAUACUUUGUUUUCUUCCUCACGUCUGGAAAAAGGGAGACAAGACGCAACUUUGUUUUGGUGGAGCUACAAAGCAAGAACCCGAAAUUUCAUCUCACCAGUGGGGAGAAAAAGAUAGGGGCACCCAGCGCUCGCUUUGGGCAUCAUUUGCACCAGGUGGAAAAAGUCGUAAUCUUUAGGGUCGUGCGCCAUUGUGUGGAACGAGAUACCCCGGCAUUGUGUGCGUAAUUGUCUUCGGGGAGAUGGAUAUGAUGGGUUUCCCCGCCUAGGUGGCACAGCAAAGCGGGUUCGGGAUACCCAGAGUGGUCGAGGCCUCCGUCGGGAAUCCUCCGGUGUCUACCUCCCCUGCACAGCGUCUUUCUCCGUCUGGACACUGAGCAAUCAACACGCGGAGGACGGGGCUGUCUGCGCGGCCUGCAGCCAGGGAGGGUCUGUCCACGAAGCAUCGGGGAACAACGGGGACGGCUUCAGGCGUAAGACCAGGCCCUCCCGUGGACCGAAACAUAAUAAAAUCCACCAUGAUGGAAGAACUGCACAGCCUGGACCCCCGCAGACAGGAGCUGCUGGAGGCGCGCUUCACUGGGGUCGGCGUCGCUAAGGGUUCAGGCCAAAGUCAGAAUGAGUCAUCCAAUCAGAGCCUGUGCAGCGUGGGCUCGCUCAGUGACAAGGAACUGGAGACUCCUGAAAAGAAGGCGAAUGACCAGAGGGUACGCAAAAGGAAAGCAGACCACUUUGAUGGCAGCCAAGGCAAAGCAGGAGUAAGAGGACAUAAAAUUAGUGAUUAUUUUGAGUUUGCGGGGGGCAGUGGGCCUGGUACCAGUCCCGCCCGCAGUAUUCCCCCAGUGGUCCGCUCUUCUCCUCAGCACUCGCUCUCAAACCCUCCUGUUACGGUGCAGCAGGGAAGCCCCUCCUCUGUUGGUUCCUCAAACACAGAGCUGUCCUCAUGUUCCCUGAAGCCUCUGUCUCUUCUCCUGCUCCACAAAGCCACACAGUCGGACCUUACCUUAGAGAAACUAACAGCAAUAGAAAACAACAAGAACUCUGACCUGGAGAAGAAAGAGGGUCGAAUAGACGAUUUACUGAGGGCAAACUGUGACUUGAGGAGACAGAUAGAUGAACAACAGAGGAUGCUGGAGCGAUACAAGGAGCGCUUAAAUAAAUGUGUGACCAUGUCUAAGAAGCUGUUGAUUGAAAAGUCCAAACAGGAGAAGAUGGCGUGCAGGGACAAAAGCAUGCAGGACCGGCUGAGACUGGGCCAUUUCACCACAGUGAGACACGGAGCCUCCUUCACAGAGCAGUGGACAGACGGAUACGCCUUUCAAAACCUUAUCAAACAGCAAGAACGGAUCAACUCACAGCGAGAAGAUAUCGAGAGGCAGCGGAAACUACUGGCCAAACGCAAACCCCCCUCCAUGGCCCAGACCCCCCCUCCCAGUUUAGAGCAAAAUAAACGGAAAAGCAAAGCCAACGGCACAGAGAGCGAAGCGUUAUCACAAGCAGAGUAUCACGAGCAAGAAGAAAUUUUUAAGCUUAGACUAGGCCAUCUUAAAAAGGAGGAAGCAGAGAUUCAGGCAGAGCUGGAGAGGUUGGAACGAGUCCGAAAUUUGCACAUUCGAGAACUCAAAAGGAUCCACAACGAAGAUAACUCCCAGUUCAAAGAUCACCCAACGUUAAAUGAUAGAUAUCUGCUUCUUCACUUACUGGGCCGAGGAGGUUUCAGUGAAGUUUACAAGGCUUUUGACUUGACGGAGCAGAGGUACGUUGCCGUUAAAAUCCACCAGUUAAACAAGAACUGGAGAGAUGAGAAGAAGGAAAACUAUCACAAGCACGCAUGCAGAGAAUACAGAAUCCACAAAGAGCUGGACCACCCUCGAAUAGUUAAACUCUAUGACUACUUUUCACUCGACACAGACUCGUUCUGCACGGUGCUGGAGUACUGUGAGGGCAAUGACCUGGACUUUUACCUGAAGCAGCACAAACUGAUGUCAGAGAAAGAGGGCCGCUCCAUCAUCAUGCAGAUCGUCAACGCGCUCAAGUACCUCAACGAGAUCCGACCGCCCAUCAUCCACUAUGACCUCAAACCUGGUAAUAUCCUCCUGGUGAACGGCACGGCCUGCGGGGAGAUCAAGAUCACAGACUUCGGUUUGUCCAAAAUCAUGGAUGACGACAGCUACAACUCUGUGGACGGGAUGGAGCUGACGUCGCAGGGAGCAGGGACUUACUGGUACCUGCCUCCUGAGUGUUUUGUGGUCGGUAAAGAGCCUCCAAAAAUCUCGAAUAAAGUGGACGUGUGGUCUGUGGGAGUCAUCUUCUACCAGUGUCUGUACGGCAGAAAGCCGUUUGGACAUAACCAGUCACAGCAGGACAUCCUCCAGGAGAACACCAUCCUGAAGGCCACAGAUGUGCAGUUCCCUCCUAAACCUGUAGUCACACCAGAAGCUAAGGCCUUUAUAAGGCGCUGUCUAGUGUACCGUAAGGAGGACCGUAUAGAUGUGCACCAGUUGGCCAGUGACCCAUUCCUGAUGCCCCACAUCCGAAAGUCAGUGAACUUCUCGGGGUCUUCAGGGACCGCCGUCGCCUCCACCUCCAGCUCCUCCAACAGCAGCGCCUCCAACUGAGCUCACCCCACACAAACUGAGGGAGGUUUACAGAGGGAUGGGUCUCCACAUCAUCCCAGAGCCAUCGUGAAGAGCCCACGGAGAGUUCAGACAGGGCAGUGGGGUGGUGGUGCCCUCCGGCCCUCCCACCCCGGCCUGCUUUCUCCAGAGGGGGGCGCGGUUCUGGGGGUCAAAGCCCUGGAGCGCAUGGGGCAAAGAGUUUGGCGGUGUGGUGUUUGGGGACUUCUUUACUUUUCUGCUUCAAAUAAAAAAAGAGAAAUUUAUUAGAAGUAUGGAUCUGCUUCAGCUUGGCCAUAAGGGACACAGUCUGCUGAAGGCCUACAUCUCCCAUAAUGCAUCACUCCCAUGCAUGAGCUGGUCCGGACCCAGCCUGACGUCCCUGAGCUCAAACUGAUAUUGUCCGUUUGUCCGUUAAACAAAAAUACAAGUUUGGGCCUGUUUUAAACCCCAAAAUCUAUAUACCGCUAAGUCCUCUUCUGGAUGCCCACAUGUCCCUUAAAUUCCAUAUAUUUUGUUACGAGGAGAGAUGAGCCCUUCCCUCCAUUUCCUCCUUGUUCCUUUUCCUGUGACCAAAGCUUAAAACUUCCAGCUGGUGGCGCUGUUCCACCAAUGUUUUUAUAAUGAAUGGUUUUAGAGAUGUGUUACUUGAUAUGGAGUGAAAGAUAUUGAGGAUAGAGACCCCAUUUUACAUUUUUUAAAAAGGUUUUCAAUUUGAGCAGUUUUAUGGACAAACUGUUGUUUUUCAAGUUGCCUUUUCUUAGAACAGUUCUCGUUUUGGUUGACCUCCCUCUUCACCAUAACACAUAUUUAUUUAGGUAUGUUUGAAUUUAUUUUUGGCCAAUGAAAUGCAAGGAACUGCUUCACCUUAUAGUACUGUCGGGGGGAGACUGGGCCUUAGCCGAGUUGCAUAAACCAUUAAAUACUAUUGGUUAAAACGUG